UUGACAGAGUUAUCUCCCCUCCAAUUAAGGAAGUAAGAUGGCUUCUGCUGUGCUGCCGACGAGACAUCGGAGAGAUGAAUCUAUCAAACGCCAGAAAUCCAAGUCAGAUCGGGACAUUUUGUUACAAAUGGGAUUUACUAAACAACGAGCAGAGAAGGCAAUUGCGGCGACAGGAGACAGCGGAGUACAACUUGCCUCCGACUGGCUCUUGUCACACGUGAAUGACCCUCAUCUCGACCAGAACAACGCUCGGGAGUACAUUCUCUAUCUGUGCCCCCAGGGGGCGCUGCAGAAAGAGGUGGUAGAAUUCGCAGAGAAGUCUCUCAACAGCUGUGGUUGGAAUGGAUCCCACGCAUACUUUCCUCAUAUAACACUAUGUCCCUUCUUCACAGUAGAGGAUUCUAAAGUUCAUGAUGUGACGUGUGCUGUUCUGAAAAUGGCGACCAAGCUACGGCAAACACCCGGAAAAAUGAAACUGGACUUUUUUAGCCAAAUAAAUUUCAUUGGACUGUUCGUACAGGAAGAUUUCUAUAAGUUUCUGUCAGAUAUCACAAAUCAAGUUGGGGAGGAACUGAACAGAACAGGUAUUAAGUUUGAGCCACAUAAGAAACAGCUACACAUGACUCUGGCCUACCAGUAUCAGACCGAGCAGCACGACAAACUUCUUGCCAUGGCCAGGGAUAUCAAUCUGGAUACGAAUGUACGCUGGGAGUUCAGACUCUAUUCCCGGGAUAUCAGCAGGGCUCAGUGUGAGGUACGAAAGGUGUUGAAAGCCUACACCCCACAGCUAGGGGAUGAGUUGGAGUUGAUUGAUGGAGACUUCGUGUACGUGGAACCCUCGGAGAUCCAGGAUAGUAAGGAUGGAUGGUACAGUGGUAUAUCGUGGCUCACAGGAAACUCCGGAUAUUUUCCUGGAACCUACACACAAAGGACUGCCGACACACGUACCUGGACACUUCACAGAUCCCUACCGAUGGAAGCUAAAGUGGAGAUUCUCCCGAGAGAGACACCACAGCUGCCCCCACCUCUCAUCCCUGUGGGGGCCACGCCUAUUGACCCUUCACCAUCCCAUGUCACCCAGGGAGCCAUGCCCAACAUCACUCACAGUAACGGGUUUGGCCUGGAGGACGAUACUUACGACAAUCUAUGGCACGACAGUAAAGGAUACGCACAGGUAAAGAAGAAGCCUCCUCUGUCUGAGCCACGCAAGCUGUUUGUUGUGAGACAUGGCGAGCGAGUGGAUUUUGCUUUGGGAAAGGAAUGGUUUGACAUGUGUUUUAAUGAUGACGGUAACUACAAAAGGAGCAAUUUGAAUUUACAAAGGGAACUACCAAAGAGGAAGACACACCUGGAGUUUAUCAAAGACCCUCCAUUAACAGUGAUAGGUCUACAUCAGGCUAAACUCACAGGGGAGAAUCUUCUAGAGAGUGGAUCCACAGUGUUCUGUAUAUACUGUUCCCCUUCUUUAAGAUGUGUUCAAACAGCGACAGAGAUUUUCAAAGUGUACAAUUUACCAUGGAAGCUGAGAAUCGAGCCGGGGUUGUACGAGUGGACCGGCUAUCAAGCUGGGGUUCCACGGUGGAUGGCACCCUCCGAACUCUUACAACACGGCUACCCAGUGGAUACGACCUAUGUUCCACAGUAUCCACGAGAAAGACUUGUGGAGGAUGAACCCGUGGAGGUGUUAUAUGCCAGGUCGACAGAAACCACAAAACAGAUCCUCAAAAACCACGAAUUGGAAGGUGGGAACCUGUUAUUCGUUGGACAUGCUGGAACGUUGGAGCUGUGUACUAGACUUUUAGUGGGAAAAGGUGCCCGCAAUAUCAAUGACUAUAAAAAAAUUCUACCCAAAGUGCCAUAUUGCUGUGUUUGUGCAAUAGAGGAGGACCCAGCCAGAAAGAAAUGGGCAAUGAUAGAACCGCCAUCUCUACCCCUGACACACGGCCGUAACUAUAGUCAAAGAAUCAUACCUUUGUUGCAGUGACGUCACACAGACUCUUAAGAAAUCGCCAUGUUACUGAGUCCAUACCUUUAGUUAAUGAUUGUACAAGGAAGUGCAGAGAGUUGACUCUUCAGAAUAAAUUUUCUUCACCGACACAUUUCUACUGAAAGUGCUAAGGAUUAGACAUCAUUCCGGGAUCAUUGUGCUAAUUAAUACGUUUUCAGUGUAAAUUCACAGAGACCUUUGUAAUAUAUUUAUUUACAAAUGCUUUAUAAACAAUAGAAUAUAAACCAGUGAUUGGAGUAAACAGACCCUUCACUACUAUAAUACGUCCCUGGUGUACAGUAGUGGUUGAUGGUGAGGGGUAAUCACUACUAUAAUACCUCCCUGGUAUACAGUAGUGGUUGAUGGUGAGGAGUAAUCACUACUAUAAUACCUCCCUGGUAUACAGUAAUGGUUGAUGGUGAGGGGUAAUCACUACUAUAAUACGUCCCUGGUAUACAGUAGUGGUUGAUGGUGAGGAGUAAUCACUACUAUAAUACCUCCCUGGUAUACAGUAGUGGUUGAUGGUGAGGGGUAAUCA